AUCGAGUUUUAUAAGAGAAAUGUCUGCCAGGCCAGAGAAUUUCCUUUAGUUUUAAAUUGGUCUUUUUUCGUGGAAAUAAUUGUGAAUUUUGCCAGGUUUUUAAUCGAAAUGGUUUCAUUCAAGUGUUCGGUAUAGAAUUUUCCAGUUUUGCAAGGUAAUUUAACGUUUUUAAGUCGAUUAUUUGCCUGGGUCCUCCACGAGGUCGCCAUUUUUCUUUUAUUGUUGUCGUUGUUUGGUUCGGCCUAGUUUAAUUGGAAUUUUCUUGGGAAUUUUAAUGAAAAAUGGUUUAUUUAAUUAGUUGAAUCCUUGUAGAAUGGUUUGGGCUUGAUUUAAAAGUAAAGAAAGAAAUGUCCGUAUAUUGAUUGAUAAAACAUAAUGGCGCAAUAUUACGAAGUAGUGAGCGAUGGCACCGUGGACCAGACGCAUCAAUUUUUCAAUGGAAAUCAAGACAAUGAGGGCAAUGAAAGACCCCAAGUGGAAUACAUACAAAUUGCUGCCGAGAAUUCACCUCAAUUCCAAACACAACAGGUCCUCCUUUCUGGCGACCAGGUGAUGGUAUUAGACGGUACCCAGCAGCAAAUCCAACGAGUCGUCAUCGAUCAGGGCCACACAUUUGCGACAAGCUCUCAACAAUUCAGCACCAUUGUUCAAAGCUCGUCCAUGAACAGUCACCAGCGCUCCCAAAUCUAUUACGUAGAAGCUAGCAGCUCUGACAACGUACAGAGCGUGCAAACGUCGCAAGCCCAAGUCCAACCUCAGCCCAUAGUUUUGAACCAUCAAAUGAGUGCUACUAAUACCAACCCUAGGCAAGGGGCUCCGGUUCAGCGUUUGCAACUCAGAGCACCGGUGAGGCAAACCCUGGUUCAACAAACAAGACCUUUAUCGUUGACUACAAGACAAGCAGUACCGCAGUUGGUGAGGACUCAACAGCAACCUGCACCUGCCAGAAAUAUGUCGCCUCAAAUACAAAUGAGAGUUAGAACUGCUAGUCCGCAGGCCAAGUUGCAGCAGAUUCCACAACAGUUGCAACAACAUGUACGACAGACGCAGGCGCAAUUAAAUCAGCAAGCUAAAGCACAAUUUACCCACCAGAAACCGCAAACCUCAACGCAAGAUAACCAGCAGGCCCAAGCUCAACUGCUAGGGAUGAACCGGACAAAUAAUUUACAAAAGCUACAACAUCAACAAGCUCAGCAACAGAGACCUCAGAUGGCUCCACAGCCUCAGCAAGUCGCGCAACAUCCUCAGCAAAGUGUGCAACAGCCUCAGCAAGUUGUGCAACAGCCCAAACAAAUGGUGCGUCAACAGCAGGUGGUUGAGCAGCAAUCGCAAAGUCAGAGUCAAUUUCAAAAGAUAUUGAGCGAAUAUCAGCAAAGUAGGCAACAGCAGAAAGCUAAAGCUCAAGAAGCGGAGUUAGAUGAUCAUGAUCCAUCAAUGAAUAAUACGCCUAGUGGACAGAUUGCUACUUAUAAAAAAUUAUUGGAGCAGAGGCCCCUUGCCAAAAAUACUAUUCUUUCCAGGCUACCAAGUAACAUCAAAGUAACCCAAACGUCUCAACAUCAAUCUCAAACCAUUGACGAAGUGGUCAACCAGUUCAAUCAAUCAACAUCGCAACAACAGCCAAUCCGUCAGCCACAACAGCAACUUCAACCUGUCCAGCUGUUGCAACAACAACAACAACAACAACAACAUCAGAUUGUCCAACCCAGCGUGGAACCUGCCAAUCCAAUUCUGCCCAAUAUAAUCACGAAAAGAGCCAGAGCCGCGCCCAGACCUCGAAAUCCAACUGCAGUCGCUCGAGGACCUCCUGGCAGUACUCCCAAUGCUAUAAGAGUUCCAAGACCGCCAAUGGUUCAUCGUCAAUUUAAUAACGAAAACAAUGGGCGAAUGGUUGUGCCUCCUCAACCCCCAGCAGGUCCCAGAUUUGUACUUAACCAACAGCAACAUCAACUUUUGCAGAGAUUUGAAAAUCAACAACGCUCACAAUACAAUCAACAAGCUGCGCAACAGUCCGCUUCCUACCAAGAUCAGAAUUUGCCAAUUCAACAAAAUGGCGUUUCUUCUACUGUCAAUCUAACGCCGCCACGCAAUACCAUGAUACAGCCGCGCAAUGUCCAGACGCAACACCGCAACAAUCAAUCGCAAAUGAACUAUUUGAUUACACAUUCGAAUACGGGUAGGCAUCCCCAAGGAAAUACGCCUUACAACUUGUCCCAAACUCAGUUGCAACAAAUUAUCAGCAUGUUUAAGGAUAAUGCUGAAAAUAGAAUGGCAGUUAUUCCUGAUGAAAACGACGAUUCUAUUAAAAUGUUGGUUCUAUUGGAAAAUGGAGAACAACGCCUGAUUACAUUUACUUUGCCCAAAGAAGCUUGUACUAUACAAGAGAUUUUGGAAGAAGUAAAUGUUCCUUUUACUUCAGAUACUGACAUUCAAGUAUCAGAAGUUGACGUUGAAAGCCUUAAUUAUGUGGUGACAGUUGGCAACAUUGCAGAAAUUACUUAUGGCAUUAUUAAUAAUGAGGAACCACUGCCAGAGCCGGGUCUUGUUGAAAACCUACAACAGAAUUCUAGAGCUCAUUAUCAUCAGCAGCCAAAGCUUCCGUUGCUUGCAUCUGGGCCGGUUCUGCCUCAGCCGGAACCACCAAAACCACCCAGUCCUGAACCACCUAAAUUGAUUCCUGGAAAAUUGGCUGUUUGCUUCAUUUGCGGUUAUACUGGAGAGGAUUUCAAUAAGUGCACAAGGUGCUCCAGAAAAUUGCCAGACAACGUAAGAUCCGUCGAUGCGAAUGUGGACUUCAUCCAAAAAGACAUCCUAAAACCUCAAAUAAAAAUCAAUUUGAGUCCGCAAUCCAGCUGCAGCCCAAAACAAGACAACCCAGCUAAAGCGCCGUUGCCAGCCAAAAAGAAAAUUACCAAGCCGAAAGCUGUAGAAAACGAAUCUGUGGUUAUCAGCUCUGAUGAAGAAGAAGACUACAAGAGACCAGCUAGAUUGGUCAGUGAACAACUUUUAAACAAACUAGGAUCGUCAAUAUCUAUUUCUCCAAUCACAAAAGAACCUUCUUUGUCAGAAAUCAAGAAACAUGUGAGAAAGUUUUGCAUUGAGGAUUUGAAACCGUGCAGAAUAGGAAUAAAAUGCAGAACAAUUCGCAUUGGCUCUUAUCGUUUUGAAGUUAAAGACGAUAUCAUACUGGAUUCCAAGUGUAUCGUUAUUAAAGCACCUGUACGUGAUAGUAACGAAAUUAAAACCAUAAGAAUCGACCGUGGCGACAUUAUAAAAGUUCUGGUUUGCUAUCACAAGUCUUUGCCCUUGAUGUUUUUCUAUUUGAACAGCGACGCCGCCCCAGUUAUCAGGGACAUGUUAAAUUUAACAAAGGACAGUGGGUGCUUUUUUGAUCCUCUCGAAGACAAGGAGGUUUCCUACAGAAACAUCACAGUGCUUUCUGACAAUAUCGAUGAAGACCUGAAGCCUACUUUGCAACUUCUUUAUGGUGGGGCCCCUGCUAGUAUCAUUGAUGAGCUUUCCCUGAAGGAAGCUAAUGAUAUUUUGAUGAAGUCUUGUCCUAGAGAUGCGGUGGUGAAACUCGAAUCCCAAGCUGAAAUGAAGCAUCUUUUGAUUUAUCCCAAAGAAGGCCCAAACAGAUUGAGCAUCAAUACUGAGGACUAUGUUUGUUUGGCUGCAGAUCAAUUUUUAAACGAUAAAAUUAUAGAUUUUUACUUGACCUAUUUGUGGGAACAUUUGCCUCAAGAGCAACAAAGAAAAGUACAUGUUUUUUCCACGUUUUUCUAUAAAAGACUCACUUCGAAAGCUAUGAAGGUUGCCAAAAAAUCUAAUCCUAAUGAAACUGAAACCCUGACUGCGGCAGAAAAACGUCACGCUAGAGUUAAAAAUUGGACUAAGAAAAUCAACAUAUUUGAAAAGGAUUUCAUUAUUUUGCCCAUUAAUGAGAGCGCACAUUGGUUUUUGGCCAUUAUUUGCUUUCCUGGUCUUAAGGGACCUGAAACUUUCGAAGGGGUACCUUACGUUGCCCCAUUACGGAAAGCAAAAGUCACCAAAAAGAAAAAAGUUUGCAAUAAAAGUCAAAAAAACGUAGAAGAAGUCAAAAAAGAAAUUCCCAUCAUUUGCGAUGAGCCACUGAGUGACAAAGAUGAAGCUGAAAGUGAAGACUCAGAACUGGUAGAAUCUGAUGAUUCCGAAGAGUCGAUAGCAGCCAUUGCUAUUGCUGCAGCCGCUGCAGCACCCGCGGCCCCUUUGCCUUUACCAGGCAAAAGUAAAGCUCAACCCAAAGUACCCAUCAAACAGCCUUGUAUUUUAAUUUUUGAUUCCUUGGCUGGUCCUAGUAGAAACAGAGUAAUAGCUACCUUGAGAGACUACUUAACGUGCGAGUACAAAACUAAAAUGGAAACUGAGCGAGUUUACAAUAAGGAUGUCAUCAAGGGUUCUUGUUGCAAAGUUCCCCAGCAAACUAACUUCACUGAUUGCGGCUUGUACGUGCUACAAUAUGUAGAACAAUUUUUCAAAGACCCCAUCACAGAUUACAACACACCAAUCAAAGGAAUCAAGGAUUGGUUUGAGGAAAUUGUUGUUACAAAAAAAAGGGAGGAUAUUUGCAACUUGAUCAAGGAUUUGAUGGUUGAGAAUGGGACUGAUACGAAAAUCUUGCCUGAAAUUGCGUUGCCAACUUUAAAUGGCAAAGUAAUUGAACGUCCCGAAUCGGAACACGAGCACAAUCACGAAAAUCCUGAAGACCAAGAAGACAUGUUCACAGACAUAGAAGAUUCGGAAUUGAUGGCUGAAGCAAACGCCUCGACUGUAGACCAAAAUCAAAGCACAAUGGAAGAAAUGGAACCGGAAGAGGAAUGUCAAGAGGAAGCGUCUUCAAACGAGGACCAAUCGUCUUACGAAAAUUCUUGGCCGUCGCCAAUCAAACCGUCGGAAUGUAGCUUGGAAGAAAAAUCGGAUAUCGUGGCGACAAGUGGAAGUUUGAGGCCGACUUUGAGCGAAUUUUCUAAACAAACUAGCAGUAAAGCUACGUUGAACUAUUUAAAAUCUAUACGUAUUGAUAGGCAUAAGGUUCCGAAUGAUGAACCUGAUUUUAAAAAGACUAAACUCGUGUAAAUAUUAGUUGUUUCAUUUUGUUUUAGAUAUUAACGGCUGUUCUUUAUAGAUAUUUAUGAUAAUCAUUUCGAUAGUUUAUUAAGUUUUUUUCGAGUUAAUAGGUCUGUUUCUACAGUAAUCACAAACCAGUCAGAGUGAAUUUUAUUGGUUGAAACUAGUUUUUUGACUGUUUCUAACUGUUUUCAACCAAUGAAAUUCGCUCUGACUGACUUGUGAUUUCUGCAGAAACAGACCUAAUAGUACACCUCUUAGUUUUAGUUUUUGCUAUUCAAAAAAAAUAAUAGUUUUAUUUUCGAACUUUCAAAAAAAAAAAAAUGGCAAAAUUUGUAAAGAAAUUUAAUUUUAAUUAUUUUAUAUUUCCUGAUAAAUAAAAAAACAAUUAGUUGUUAUAGGUAUAUUGUUUAUUAUUAUUAUUAUAUAUU